AUGAGUUACGCAUAUUUUGAAAGCAAUUCUCUCUCUCUCUCUCUCUCUCUCUCUCUCUCUAUCUAUCUAUCUAUCUAUCUAUCUAUCUAUCUAUCUCUUAGUAUAUUCAUAUCUAUCUAUCUAUCUCUCAGUAUAUUCAUAUCUAUCUAUCUAUCUAUCUAUCUAUCUAUCUAUCUAUCUAUCUAUCUAUCUAUCUAUCUCUAUUCAGAACACCGAAUCUUCGAAAAUUGGUUUAAAAUUUCUCUCAAUACGUUAACUACUUUUUGUCCCCCCCCACUUUUUUUGCUUCCUUCCGUCUUUCUUUCUUUCUUUCUUUCUUCCUUUCUUUCUUUCUUUCUUUCUUUCUUUCUUUCUUUUUUUGUGCCCCUAAUUCUUCUUUCUUGGCCUUUUUUCUUUGUUUUUUCUUUUCUCUUUCUCACAUUUUCUUCCUCUUGCUCUAUAAAUUUAAAACAUUCUUGUCUCCUUUUACUUCCCUUUUUCUCUAUCUCUCUCUUUGUUUAUUGUGUACCUUCUCCUCCUGUUUUCCACUUCUUUCUCCUCUUGGAACCAGAGAAAACCUCUCUUUCUCUCUGUCUCUCUCUCUCUGUCUCUCUCUCUCUCUCUCUCUCUCUCUCUCUGUCUCUCUGUCUCUGUCUCUGUCUCUGUCUCUCUCUCUCUCUCUCUCUCUCUCUCUCUCUCUCUCUCUGGCCUUAA